AUGGGUCGGCUAGUCAGAAGCAGCUUCGCUCUUUUGGGCGCCGCUACAGUCGUAGUAUCCAUAUCGUUGGGAGUGUCAGGCUCUCAACAGGUGCCCAGCGCUCCGCUAACGCUCACAGAUACCCGCCCUGUAGCCCAAGCUCAGCCUCUGCCGGGGGCCCGUCCUCUUGCUCCUCCCCAGCCGCGGCCUCAGCCUGAAGGCGAACGCCAACGGCCUGCUCUCAGCCCCAGCGACAUUCACGAAGUUGAAACGCCCGGUCUGACCAUUCCUGGAGGAUUCGGCUCGCGGACAAGGCCAGCGGUCAUCGCGCAGCCUGCUGUGAUUUCCGCCCGUCCUGCAGGUGCUCCCAAAUUGAUCCCUGGAGGAACCCUCCGCGGCAGUCAAGAUAAAGCUGAAGUCGAGGAGGCUGAAGAUUUUGUGGAGCGUGAAGAAGCUGUGUCUGAGCCCCAGCCCUCUCCCGAGCCUGAACCCGAACUCUCCGUCGAGCCCGAACUUCCCGUCGAGCCCGAGCAUGCGUCCGAACAUCGGACCGAACGUGUACAUGUUGAAGACCAGCCAGAGGCGGUGCGCGUGACUGAAAUCAAGGUUGUCGAGGAAAGGAAGAAGGCGCCAGAGCCAGCUGGAGCCGCACUCCUCAGCGCCGAGAAGGCGGCCGAAAUCUCUAGAGAGGAGUCUCUCAAGCAGCAAGAAAAAACUCGUCAAGAACUCGAGAAGCACCGACACCGCAGCGGUGAGAUAAAUGUGCUACAGUCGGAGAACCAAGACGACCUGCUUCUCGAUGCUGAACGCCGCUGGAAAGAUGCCGUUGAGAAAGAGGCGAAAGAUGCCUCUUCCUGGAAGGAAGCUGAAGCAUCUGUAGCCCUGAAAGAGAUGAUUCGUACACGGGCAGAACAGGAGCGUGAGGCCCUCCGCGCCGGGGGGUUUUCCGGUCAGACCACCGUUACACCUGAAAGCGGAUUGAGGAGUACUGCUGUCGAUGAUGAAAAGGCCGACGCCUGCCGCGGUCUCGAAGUCACCACAACAAGGAUGAGCAGCGCGUCGCUUGGUUUGCUCUACUACUUCAACCCGGACUCCGUCAUCCAGUUCCACUCUGUUUCGCUCUUGCUGCCUGACGGCAAGACAUUCCUGGCCAACGUCCGGGCGGUCGUCCGCGACCCUCCCCCGACAGAAGAGAACAAAUCCCCCAAGUCGGUCGUUCACCUGUCCGGUGGAUACAAGCUUACGUUGAGCCUCGAGGAGGUUAAGUUGGAAGACGGCGAGGACAACGAGAUAGCAACAUGGGACGCGGAGAGCGUUCUGUAUCCUGUUAUCUUGGAAGAAGUGUCAAUUCGCGACGCUGCCGCUGUUGCCCCUGCCCAGUCCGGCCCCGCAGGUGUGGUGUCAAAUAUAUCGACUUCGACCGUCCCGGGCGGCCCUACUGAUGCCCACCUUCUUCAAACGGGCGACCGGGUAGGCAUUCCCUCGCAGGGCGAAGGCCUCUUGGCAGGACACCUCCAUCAGUCUCAAGCUCCUGCGAUUGGUCAGCAAGCCGGGGCUGUAGGAGGAGCUGCGGGACCAAGCGCUGUUGUAGCAGGAGGACGCGCAAUGAAGACUGUGCGUGUCUUGGCUGUUUCUCGCGGCAACGUUGGCAGCGUCCGUGUGACAACGAACCGCAAUGUCGCACCGGGUAUGGGUGCCUUCACUUGUGUGUUCCGUACGGGAAUUUACGGCGACUACGACCCGUGCAACACCCCCGCUGUCAUUGCUGCCAACUUUUUCACGCCUCUCACUGCCAGUAUUAUUGGAGGGUUCUAA